AUGUGGCUGCUCGUGGCUUUCGUUGGGCUGUCGGCUGCGGCGAAGGAACCAGAGAGCUGCUUCUUGCAAGUCAGAUCGCCGGCAGAGGCCCUGGCGGCGACGUGCCUUGAGGCCAUGUACGUCGGCCUCGGAGUGGACUGGACAAAGUGUGGAGGCGCAGCAGGCGAGUUUGUCCUCAUGUCGUGGUGGCUGGCCGGAUGGUAUGACAAUCAACAAGGUGUCGCUUCUUCGCACAUCAAUGACGCUUUGAUCUACAGGCGAUCAGCUACAGGGUGGCAAACCGCUGCCAAUUUGACAGAACUUCUCGUAGCCCAGAACAUCAAAACCCCCAGUCCAUCUACCUGGCAUUCCUUCUCCGCGCUGAGCAGAGGGCUUGCGGUGACUGUAGAGGCCCUCAGAGCGAAUAAAUCUCAGGCGCCCAAUCAGGUGCCAGUGAUCAUCUACACCUUCAUGUCUGCCGGGAAGUCAUGGAGAUUUGUCAACAAGCAGGUGGUCCACAUUGACGAUCCUCCCCCCAACUUCGGAUCAUUCGGAACUAGAAUGGCAUUGAGUGGGAGGCUCCUGUUGCUUUCGCAACCGUUGGGCCGUGGGAACGAUCACCACACCUUCCGCCUUGAUGGCACCAAGUGGAUCGAAGUUCCGGCAGCGCGGAUCGAGUUCCCUCUGUCCAGAGUGUGCUGUCACUCAUAUACGCCCGUCGCGCACGAUGGCAAGACGCUGGUUGUCAGUGGCAGCAGCGCGGCCCUUGACUUGGCCUUGCUUGUAUAUGAAUGGCAAGGCGAUUUCUGGGGGAGCGUCGCCAACGUGUCAGCGCCCCCGGGUAUGUUCUACAUGAUUGACGUCGCUGUGGAUGGGGACUACGCGACCGCACUUUGGUCUGAUCUCAGCACCUUUCGUCAGCUGCUCAUCUACAAGCGCCAGAGCCAGCUGUGGCCCGAAGUCUUCAGGGCCUCGUUGAAUGACACUGUUGUGUUCGGGGCCAUUGCGAAGAUCGCAAUUUCCAGCGCUGGCCGGGUUGUGGUGAACUACCCCACUCAGUCUGGCAACCGAAUUCAGAUGUUCGAGGUCGCUGCGGCUGGCGCAUGGAGCUUGGUUCAGACCGUUGACAGGUACGGCAGCAACUUGGCCAAGGGCAGCAACGCGCUAGCCCGCCCGUCCAUGGUGGGAAUCUCAGAGAGAGCCGUAGUGUUGACGGAUGUACCAGAGUGGCGCCACAACGAAACUUUUGGCGGCGCAAUCUUCAGCUGCAACAUGACCAGGUUGAGAUCCACCGGCCGAUCCCACGUCUUCUCUGGGAGGCCACAUGGUACUUGGAAGUGGUCAGGUUAUGCUCAGACUUUGUUUUCAUCCUAUGAGGUGUUUGAGGCCGCGGUGCGCAUCGACAUCCGCAGCAUCGGGAAGCAGCUGCAGGAGCUGGUGCUCGACUUUCAGACCGACAUCGAAAGCCUGCGGCGAGAGGCGCAAGUGCAGCAGGAGCGCGCGGUGGCAUCGAUCUUGGGAGCCGAGCUUUGGUCGUCGCUGCUGGAAAAGACGGCGGAUGCGACAAUGCUGCUCUCCCAGCACGGUGCUGCUAUCCAAGCGUUGCCGGCGAUUCUGUCAGGCGAGUGGCUGCCACUGACGGCUCCGGCCCAUGCGGCACUUUCGCAUGCUGCGGAGCGGGUGCUUGGGGCCGCGCUGGCCCGGCACCCGCCUUUGGGGCUGGCUGUGGCCGCGGACGGCUUCGGGCCAAAGGCACUGAGGCGUGCAAACUUUGGCGCCAAGUCGCUACUUCAGGCGGCCGCUGAGGACACUGCCGCUGGCGAGGCCGCCCUCUUAGCGCUGUCAGCAGCUCUCUGCAGUGAGGAAAAGCAGUCCUGGACGGAAGAACUGGGACCUUCGUUGAGCGCGGCGCUGGCCAAGGUUCCGACCGGAGGCGGCUGGGCAAACGUGGCCAGUGUGGAUUGGCCCGCACAUCGAGGAUGGGAGGCACUCCUGGGGCGCGCGGCCCCCAUGAUCAAUGUCCAGCCAUCCUCGGCGCCUGAGCCAGAUCGGUCACCGUCACCACCACCUGAAGCUGUGGAUCCUGCGCAGGCACUCGAGCCCGCCUUUGCGCGCGCGGCCGCGGCAUCCUCGGGUCGUGCUGCUCAGCAACUCCGGCGGUGCGCUUCUGUGGUGGAGACGUGGCAGAUUGAGGACAUGGAGGAGCUCGACCCGCAUGACAACCUGCCGGCACAGGCCUGA